UGAUUCGAGUGGCUGUACAUUUCUAAAUCUAAAUUAUAAUGCAAGUUGGGAAUAUUUAAUUCUGUAUUAGGCGAAGAAGGUGGGAAGUUGCCUAGUCUUGUGGCCUAGACAAGAAGAAAGAUACAAAAUUGACCGCCUGAGCGCUAGUCUUGUCUAGUCUCACAAAAUAUAGGGAAAGGAUUCCAAGUUCACAUGUGGGCAGGCCCUCAACAACUCCAGCUAAGCCAGCAUGCAUAGACUCUUGACUUGGUAAUACACAUUGGCUGUCGGAGUGUAGGAUGAUAAAUAUAAUUAGUUCAGCCAGAGGCCUUCCAUUUCAUAAGCAAAUUAAGCAAACGGCUUCCAUGGCCAACGACCUUGAAACUGGAGGCACUGUCAAUGGCAGCGGCAAGCCUCGUACAGUUUCAAAGCUGUAUGAGUUCAAGGAGCAGCUCCUGCUGCUGUCGACUCUGGUCGCAACGGUGACAUACGUCGCCGGGCUGAACCUGCCUGGGGGAUCCUGGGAGCAGGAUGACCCGGGAGGUCACAUGGCUGGCGAUCCGAUCCUCCGGGACACCCACUACCGCCGUUACCUCGCCUUCUACUACUGCAACGCCACCGCGCUCGCCGCGUCGCUCGUGGUCUCCCUCAUCCUCAUCAUCCUGGAGGAGAAGCACAUUGUCUGGACAGUGGUGCUGCGGAUGGUCAUGAUGCUCGACCUACUCAGCCUCAUGGGUGCCUACGGCGCUGGGAGCUGCCGGGAUACAUUCACAACCAUCUUCGCGGUGGUAGUCUUCUCCUUUUUGGUAUUGAUUAUCAUCUUUGGUUUCUUCUACCUCUGGCUCCAUCGUCAUGAUAAGUUCCCCUCCAACUCCAACUCCAAUUCCAAUCGUCCCAUCGCGCCCCCUGGCUUGAACUCCACCUCCAAGUCCAGGUUCUUCCUCAGCGUGAGGCUAAUCCAGAAACAGAGGAGUGUGGUGAAGUCAUUCGUCGACGCCAAGAAGGAAGAGAAGGAGAAGAUUGAUGUGUUGAUGUUACUCGCAACUUUUGCUGUCACCAUCACAUACGUAGCUGGGCUGAGCCCGCCUGGUGGGUUCUGGAGCAGCACCGAGGACGGACACCGUUUGAGCGACCCGGUGUUGCAAGCUCGUGGCCGGUACCGUGCCUUCUUUGUUUGCAACACCACUUCGUUCGCCGUGUCCCUUCUCAUCAUCGUGUUGCUCUUGGAGAAGAAGCUGCUGAAGAAGCAGCUGAGCGAAAAAUUCACGGUGCGAUUCACAGUGCCUUAUGUGUUGAUCGCCGUCGCUCUGUUGGGCCUUAUGGUAGCCUAUGCUGCGGGGAGCUGCAGGGAGGCUGACAAUACCAUCUUUGUCCUUACCCUCACCGCUGCGGUUCCUGUCUGUGUGUGCCUCCAACUGGUGGUUGUUGCUUGCACAAAUUGUUGGGAAGGACUCGCGACCAAGUGUGGUGAUGUCUUAGGAUGGUUCAAGAGACGGGUCAACACUCCUCGAGGCACCUCCACAAGCACGGACAUCGAGCUACACCUUCAAAACACUCGCUAUCUUGUUAUGCUCCUUGCUACUCUUGUGGUGACCAUCACUUACCAAGCAGGACUCGAUCCACCUGGUGGCCUUUGGCUAGACAGCCGGGAUGGGCAUACAAUCGGCCACCCCGUACUCCAAACAACACAUCCUACUCGGUAUCAAGUGUUCUUCUACAGCAACUCAGCAGCUUUUGUCACAUCAUUGGUUGUCAUCAUGAUGCUCCAGAGCAAGUAUCUGCUCACGCGGCACACACUAGAAGCAACCCUAGUACUGGACCUAUUCGGUCUCAUUACUGCCUAUGGCGCCGGGAGCACUAGGGAUGUAAACGCAUCCUUCUACAUCAUUGCCUUGGCGGGCAUUGUCCUUGUCUAUGUUGUUGUCCAUAUCACCAUAAGAGACCAUGACCCUGAGCCAGCAGGUGGUGAUGCUGCAGUAAAGGUUCUCGAUGACAAGCGUAAGGUGUUGCUACUGGUUGCUAUCUUGGCUGCUACCCUGACGUACCAAGCUGGUCUCACUCCUCCAGGUGGCUUCUGGUUAGCGGAUGACCAAGGGCUUGGUCGUCGUGCGGGCUUCCCAGUCCUCCUUGACAAUUACCCUCCUCGUUACCAUGCAUUCUUCUAUUGCAAUGCGGCGAGUUUCAUGGCAUCCGUAACACUCAUCCUUCUUCUCAUCAAUCCAAAGCUAUACAGGCCAGGUAUACGUUGUUAUGCACUCUAUGUGUGCAUGCUGGUGGGCAUGUUUGGCCUCAUGGGUGCCUAUGCUGCUGGAAGCUCCCGGCAUCUCAAAACCUCCAUCAUUUUGUUAACCUUGGUUGCCGCUGUAUCAACAUUCAUAGCCUUGCUAGUAGCCAUUUUCUGGUACAUCUAUAGAUACAGAAAAAAAGCAGCAGCAGCAGUGGAGGCGGCAGUAACAAUGGCAACAACAGCAUCGGCGGCAAUAACAACAGCAGCGGCGGCAGCAACAAGAGCAGCGGAGGCAGCAACAACAGAAACAACAACCACAACAGCAAUAAUAGCAGCAAGAUUGACAGCAGGGGCAACAACAACAUCAACGGUAGCACCAACAACAGAAACAACAACCACAACAGCAAUAAUAGCAGCAAGAUUGAUAGCAGGGGCAACAACAACAUCAACUGUAGCACCAACAACAGAAACAACAACCACAGCAGCAAGAUUGACAGCAGCGGCAACAACAACGACACCACAAGCAGCACAAACAACAGCAACAAGCAGCAACAGCAGCAGCAGUAAAGAGAAAGAGAGACUUGAAUACUUGAUGUUACUAGGGAUCCUUGGCGCAAGUAUGACAUACCAGACUGGCCUAAAGCCACCAGGCGGCCUAUGGCAGGACAACAUGAAUGGGCACUAUGCUGGCAACCCCAUCCUCCACGACACCAACAAGCACCGGUAUAAUGCUUUCUUUUAUGGCAACUCCACUUCAUUCAUGGCGUCGAUCGUGGUGGUCGUCAUGCUGCUCCCAUUGACAUUCCAUGAACACGAUCUGUCACUCUGGCCGAUGCAUUCAGCCAUUUUGCUGGACAUGCUUAGCCUCCUAGUUGCCUACGCAGCAGGCAGUACUAGGGAGUGGGAAACCUCCAGAAACGUCAUGUUACUCGUCAUCCCUGUGUUGCUCUACAUUGCGGUCUAUGUAACAGCUUCGGUCUUCUACAACAGGGAAGGCCCUGUGGAACCGCCAACCCAGACUCCGGCCUCCACUGCUAGAGUGACUGCCACACCACAUCAGGAAGCCAACUGAUUCUUUGUCAGGUCAAACUUAGUACUUCAAUUUUUUGGGAACAGUAUACAGAAACAUGUGGGAGGAACUGAAUAUGUAAACUUGGGACAGAGCUUAUGAGAUAUUGAGCACCAUAUGUAUAUUUGAGAUAUAUUGAGUUAGUUAUUCAUAUGUGUAUUCAUGCUUUGGUA